AUGCCCGAGUACGGAACGAUAAAGCCUGAAUAUGCGGAUCUUAAUGGCAAUCCGCGCUUGCCCUUUUAUGCCAUCGACAACCCACACGUUCGUGCUUGUCUUGCAGAAUUUGUUGGCACCUUUAUUUUGGUUCUCAUUGGUGAUGGCUCCGUAGCCCAAUACAUACUUGGCGUUGGAAACGCUGGUCACUACCUGUCUGUUAAUCUCGCCUGGGGUAUUGGACUGCUCUUCGGCAUUCAUUUUGCUGGUGGUGUGAGUGGUGGCCAUCUUAACCCCGCAGUGUCCGUGUCUCUGGCAGCUUUUGGACGAUUUGAGUGGUACAAACUUCCUGGCUACUUUCUUGCUCAAACUUUGGGUGCUUUUGCUGCUGCAUGGGUCGUCUAUGUGGUAUAUUAUCCAUGGUUUGAUCUUCAAGACCCCGAGCGUAUGACAACCCAAGGCAUCUUUGCAACCUACCCGAACGAAAAAAUCCCGAAUUGGUGUGGUUUUGCGAAUGAAGUCGUUGGCACUGCUUUACUCGUAAGCGGAAUCUUUGCGGUCAGUGAUCAACAUAAUCAACCUGCAAGUCCAUACACUUUUCCAGCUGCGUUAGCCUUAAUGCUAACGUGCGUCGGCAUGGCUUUUGGCCUCGAUACAGGCUAUGCUUUGAACCCAGCUCGAGACUUUGGUCCUCGUCUUUUUACAUCUCUUGCUGGCUGGGGCUUAAAGGUGUUCACAACUCGCAGCUUCUACUUCUGGAUUCCAAUUGUUGGCCCGGUUAUUGGUGGCUUGUUGGGUGCUGGCAUGUAUGUCGGUCUAAUUGAGUCCAACCACCCUAAACAUCAAACACUCGCUUGA